AUGUCGAAAGCCGAUGCCAAUAAGAAAACUUGGGAGGACAGCGAUGUGCCGGCUCUGUGUGAGUCGUGUCUUGGUCCAAACCCGUAUGUGAGAAUGACAAGAGAGAAGUACGGUCUGGAGUGUAAACUGUGUACUCGACCGUUCACGGUAUUCAGAUGGUCGCCAGAAAAAGGAUCUAAACCACGAAAAACCAUUAUUUGUCAGACUUGUGCCAGACAGAAGAACGCUUGUCAGAGCUGUAUGCUUGAUUUGACAUAUGGCCUGCCACUGGCUAUCCGUGAUGCUGCUCUUAAUAUGGCUAACAGUGGUCAAAUGAUCACAUCAGAUGCUGCUACUAAUGUUAUUAUGAAACAGUAUGUCGCUCAGAAAUUUGAAGCGUCUCAGAAAAGUUUUGCAGAAGAGGACGAAGAACGAGAGCAAAACCAACUGGAAUCAGGGGUAGAACCUGGCCAGCUCGUCAUCUCUGAACAGGCUAAAAAUCUAUUACGGAAUCUAGCUAAAGCUAUGCCUCAUUAUAGAGGACCUGUUGGUACAGACGCAGCAGGAACAGCAACAGGAGGUGCUGGUUCAUCGAGAUCAGGUAGCAGCACAAGUAGCAAUGGUCGAGGCAACGAUGGCAAUUCGCAGCCUGAAAUAUCUCCUGCUGUAAAGGCCAAAGUCAGUAAAAUCAUUUCUAAACUGCCUUUAAACGGGUCAAUCAGUCCACCACCAAAAGAUGCCGCCAUCACUUCACUGUUCUUGAUGGGUGUCGAAGACGACUUGCCAGAAUACAAAAUACGCAACCAUUUCCAGGCGUAUGGUCCUAUUAAAACACUGGUGCUUGUGCACCGUGCAAGAUGUGCAUUUAUUACCUACGAAAAGCGAGCUCAUGCCGAGACUGCUGCUGCUUCACUAGCAUCAUCUGCUGGCAGACUGGUCAUCAACGGCUGUAAACUCAAGGCUGUUUGGGGCCGACCUCACACCCUUGGCUCGACGUACCAGGAAAACUAUCUCGUCGGACUAGCAGUCAAGAAAUCCUUGCGAUCCAGCUCAGCUGCCAGGUCCUCGACCUCAACUUCUAAACCACAAACAAAAUUAGCAUCAUCCAAGUCGCAACCAAACCGUCAGACCACCAGCAACUCGCCCUUGGCACCACCCACAGGAGCCUCUGUGAUCACCUACGACUCUCAGAGACCGGAUUACGAACACUAG